CGCGGCGCUCUGCAGAAUGGGGCCGGUCUGUGAGCGAGGGAGGCGCCCCGCCUCUAAGGCAGCUCCACUCCAGGAUGCUGAACGCUUCUGCUCUCAGUCACCUGAGCCGUCCGAGCGGCGUCAGAGUUGGGAGCCGCCGGCUGUCGGUCCGGACGGUCCACGUCGCGCUCCUCCAUCCAUGAGCCUCGUUUCGCCACAAAAAAGGACGCACCGUCUAGCUCUCCCCUCCGAGAGGCACGCAUUCCGCUCGCGCUCUCUAGUACGGUGCCACGUGAAAAGUCACUUUGUCAAAUUUCAUUCUCGUGCGCGUUUUAUCGAAAAGGAAAAAAAAAAAAAAAAAAAACUGCAGAAGUUUGACAUUUCUGACAGGAAAAGCUAUACCCCGGACUGAAUUUAUUUGACAGCUUGUUUGUUUGUGUCCUGUAAACUUGUAAGUGGUGUUCGAAGUGGGCUGGUGGUGGUGGUUUGGAAGUCAGCCGAGAGAGACUCACAAUGGCGGGAUGCUGCCUGACAGCCGAGCAGCGGGAAUGUAAAAAAAUUAACAAGGAGAUCGAGAGGCAGCUCAACCGGGACAAGAAGGACUCCCGCAGAGAGCUGAAACUCCUUCUGCUAGGAACGGGAGAGAGUGGGAAGAGCACCUUCAUCAAGCAGAUGAGGAUCAUCCAUGGCUCCGGCUACACUGAGGAAGACAAGAUGGGCUUUGCCAAGCUGGUGUAUCAAAACAUCUUCACGUCCAUGCAGGUCAUGAUCCGCGCCAUGGAAACUCUCAACAUCCAGUUUGCCAACAGCGAGAAUAUUAAUCAUUCCAACAUGGUGGCGGAGGUCGAGGUGGACAAGGUGAGCUCCCUGGAGCCAAGCUACGUGGGCGCCAUCCGCAGUCUGUGGAAAGACAGGGGUCUUCAGGAUUGCUACGAGCGUCGGCGGGAGUAUCAGCUGUCGGACUCCACAAAUUAUUACCUGAAUGAACUUGACCGCAUUGCACAGCCCUCCUACGUUCCCACCGAGCAGGACAUCCUGAGAGUGCGGGUCGCCACCACGGGGAUCAUCGAGUACCGCUUUGACCUGGAGAGCGUCAUAUUCAGGAUGGUGGAUGUUGGAGGUCAGAGGUCAGAAAGGAGGAAGUGGAUCCAUUGUUUUGAGAACGUCACUUCUAUCAUCUUCCUGGUUGCACUGAGUGAAUAUGACCAAGUCCUGGCAGAAUGUGACAAUGAGAAUCGCAUGGAAGAGAGUAAGGCUCUUUUUAAGACCAUCAUCACUUACCCAUGGUUCCAGCAAUCAUCCGUCAUUCUCUUCCUUAAUAAGACAGACAUCUUAGAGGAGAAGAUUAUGUACUCCCACCUAGCAACAUACUACCCUGAAUUCACUGGGCCAAAAAAUGAUGCAAAAGCAGCAAGAGAGUUUAUCCUGAAGAUGUACCAGGAGCAGAAUGAGAAAGCUCUCUACUCACACUUCACCUGUGCUACAGACACGGAGAACAUCCGCUUUGUUUUCGCUGCUGUCAAGGACACCAUCCUGAGGAAUAACCUCAAAGACUUCAACCUGGUGUAAGAACGUAGAGGGUACACUUGGUGUAGGAAAGGGCUGGGUCAAGGUCAGAGCACAUACCAUAGUGGGAGUUUAGGAUUAGUCUCAGGCAAAAGGUCAACCUGUUGUAGGAGAAAGUUCAUUAAGAACUUAGCGUGGUAUAGCUGAGCUAUAAUGUUAGGGUGAGAAGUGAAUGUAGUGUUAGAGGGCUGCUUGGCCAUCAGUCUGGUUUGGGACAAGGGACUGAGUGUAACUCGAUAUGGGAGAGAAGGGACAUGGCAGGGAACGAAUUACAUGAUUAACAGGUUCUCUAUCAGUACAAUAAUCACUUGAAGAGAAAUACAAGAUGUAUAAGUGUGCACGAGUUGUGUGUGUGUUUGUGUGUGCGUGCCUGGACUGAGGUAAGUAGAGAGGAACAGUGGUACAUGGAAGUGGGAGAAGUACCAGCUAUGGUAAAGAAGAGCACCUCCCCAAGAACCAGAAAGGAAAAAGGGGAAGUCAGUGACUGAAGAGCCUUUCUUAUUGAAAUAGUGCGCAUUUGCUUGUUUUAUCUAGUUUGUUUUUGGUAUUUAUAAAUUAAUUCUGACUUUUAUUGUGGGGAGAUAUACCUAAAUUAAACUUAACUGCUCCCAAAGUGGAAGGCAGGGGGUUCAGGGGCGACGACAGAACUUAUUGUCUUCAUAGUUCAUUUUCCAGACUUCUCUCUGAUUUUAGAUGAAAAAUGUUUUUUUUUUUAUGAUUGUCUUAAUUUAUCUUGUGCUGGAUAAAAUACAUGUAACCUGUAUAUUUAAUAACUUUCCUGUACAAAGAACAGGAAAGGUAGUACUGAAAUGAUUACAUUUUUUUUGUAGUUUAUUAAGAAACAUGCAUUUUUAAGGAAAGGUGGAAACGAAGACUGCCAAAGCUUAUGUGGUUUCCUGUCUUAGCAGCUCACCGAGGCACAAUCUUGAACUCAAAAUUGUGAGCUAAGCCCCAAAGAAUCAUUUCAUCAAAUAUGCAAAUAUAACUGAAAAUGUAAAUAUGUAAUCUUUUGUUAAAUUAACUGCAUCUGUGACAUUUGAAAAACAUCAAUUUUUUUCUACAAUUGGUACCAUUCCUUUGUCUCGAAUGGUGAUGUCACAUUUCAAUAAAA